CAGGUCUCCAUUAGUUUGACGACUUGUGGUGGCGACUUAAAUUCACCGUUUUUUCUAACCGGCACGCCUUGAAUCACUCACAGUAGUUACCGCUCUCGCGCGUCUUACCAGCCCCUUCGCUACCACCUUCGCGAGUGAGUUCCUGAAGGGGGACAAAUGCGAUGCUGUUUCAAAGUCGCCGAUCUAUUGAGCAAGACGAGAACACAAACCCAGCUCCGUUUCACAUGCAUUCGCUGUGUUUCCUCACGGUCAAGACCCAACAUUUCUUCUCAAAAUUCAGAGAUAUAUACGCUAAACAAAAAGAUUUCAAAUCUGAUCCGAACAGGUCGUUUUACUGAAGCUAGGCUUGUGUUUGAUAAAAUGGUGAACCGAACCAUUGUUUCAUGGAAUUCUAUGAUAGGCGGGUAUGUCAAAAGAAGAGAAAUUGCAAAAGCAAGGAAAUUGUUCGAUGAAAUGCCUGAAAGAGACAUUGUGUCGUGGAAUUUAAUGAUUCAAGGGUAUGUGUCGUGUCAUGGAAACAGGUUUCUAGAGGAAGGGAGGAAUUUGUUUGAUAAAAUGCCUGACAGAGAUUGUGUUUCAUGGAACACCAUGAUGAGUGGUUACGCAAAGAAUGGUAGGAUGGACGAGGCAUUAUGGCUUUUUGAUAGUAUGCCUGAGAAGAAUGUCGUUUCAUGGAAUGCACUGAUUAGUGGGUUUUUACAGAAUGGCGAUGUGGCAAGUGCAAUUGAAUGCUUUAAGAGGAGGCCAGAAAAGAAUGCAGAAUCUUUAAGUGCACUUGUCUCUGGUCUUGUUCAGAAUGAGAAAUUAGAUGAAGCGGAAAGGAUUUUGGUCGAGUGUGGAGAUGAGGAUGGUGGCAAUGACUAUUUGUUGCGUGCUUACAACACUUUGAUUGCAGGGUAUGGUCAUAGAGGAAGGGUUGAUGAUGCCAGACACCUUUUUGAUCGAAUCCCAUGUAAUCUUGGCCCUCGAAAUGGAGACAAUGGCACAUUUAAAAGAAAUGUGGUGUCCUGGAAUACAAUGAUCAUGUGCUAUGUGAAAGCUGGAGGUAUUGUUUCUGCUAGGGAAUUGUUUGACCAGAUGACAGAACGAGAUAUUGUUUCUUGGAAUACCAUGAUCAGUGGAUAUGUUCGUGUGUCAAAUAUGCAAGAGGCUUCAACUCUUUUCUGCAAAAUGCCUUCUCCUGACACCCAGUCUUGGAACUCAAUGAUCUCAGGGUUUACUGGGAUUGGCAAUCUCGAACUUGCUCGUAGUUACUUUGAGAGAAUGCCCCAGAAGAAUGUGAUCUCGUGGAAUUCAAUGAUAGCUGGAUAUGAGAAAAAUGAAGAGUAUAAAGAGGCUGUUAAGCUUUUCAUUCAGAUGCAAUUUGAAGGAGAAAAACCUGAUCGACACACGCUAUCUUCAGUUCUCAGUGUGUGUUCUGGGAUGGUUGAUCUGCACCUGGGCAAGCAGAUUCAUCAGAUGGUUACAAAGAUGGUUCUUCCAGAUGUGCCAAUUAAUAACUCACUUAUCACAAUGUAUGCAAGAUGUGGAGAAAUAAAUGAGGCUCAGACCAUUUUCAAUGAGAUGGAACUGCCAAUAGAAGUGAUCACUUGGAAUGCCAUGAUUGGAGGAUAUGCAUCUCAUGGUUUUGCAGCAGAGGCCUUGGAAGUUUUUAAAUUGAUGAAGAGGUCUUAUGUGCAGCCCACAUACGUAACAUUUAUAUCAGUUUUGAGUGCCUGCGCUCAUGCAGGACUGGUUGAAGAAGGCAAGCUGCUUUUUAAAUCCAUGGUUAAUGAAUACGGAAUCCAGCCAAGGCUUGAACACUAUGCUUCCCUCGUUGACGUCAUUGGUCGGUCUGGGCAGCUUAAUGAGGCCAUGGAUUUGAUCAAUAACAUGCCAUUUGAACCAGAUAAGGCUGUGUGGGGUGCAUUACUGGGUGCUUGUCGUGUGCACAACAACGCAGAGUUGGCUAGAGUUGCAGCGGAAGCAUUGAUUAAACUGGAACCAGAAAGUUCGGCCUCGUAUGUGUUGCUUUACAAUAUGUUCGCUGAACUAGGACAGUGGGAUGAUGCGACAGAAGUGAGGAUGAUGAUGGAAAGAAAUAAUAUCAAGAAGGAAGUAGGUUAUAGUUGGGUAGAUUCAUCAUCGCUUGUAUCAUAGUUUGUACUUGACAUAGAAGCACUGAUUAUGCCAACACAUCCGCUGUACUAGAUUGAAUCUCUGGGUUCAUCAAUGUCUCCAGCAAGAACUGAAAUUUAUCAAUUAUCAGUUCCUAUGUAAGAUCGCCAAGUUAAUCUAAAAAAUCCUCUUGUUGUUGUUGAUCU